AUGUCCCCCACAUUCCUCAGCUUCCUGGGUGUUGGUGGACACAACAAGCCCUCCCUGUCAGCCUGGUAGAGCACUGUGGUUCCCCUAGGAAGGAAUGUGACUCUUCAGUGUCAUUCUCAUCUUCUAUUUGUCAUGUUCAAAAUAUUCAAAAUAGAUGUGACCUGUGUCAUUGAGCUCCAGAGAAGUCUUUUCAAGAACAACUUCACCAUAAGCCCUGUGACCACAGCACAUGCUGGGUCCUAUAGAUUUUCUGUAUCUUACAGCCACAGCCCUAUGUGGUCAUCACACAGUGACCGCCUGAGGAUCAUAGUCACACGUGUGUUCACAAAGCCCUUCAUCUCAGCCCACCCAGGCUCCAUUGUGCAUGCAGAAGGGGCUGUGACCCUGAGCUGUCACUCAGAACUGGUGUUUGACACAUUUAUCCUUCUCAAGGAGGGGGACACACGGCAUUCUCAGCAAUUUGUAGAGAAGCUUCCUGGUGGGCACACCCAAGCUCACUUCUCCAUGGGCCCUAUGACUUCUGCAUGCGGGACCUACAGAUGCUACAGCUCUCUCAGUCACUCCCAUGAGUGGUCGGCCCCUGGUGACCCCCUGGACAUCGUGAUCAUAGCCCCUUCCUCUGCUGUGAAGACGCAGGGACUCACCAGCCAGGCCCUGAACGAUCUGCAUACGGACUCAGACCCUGAGAAACCUUCUCUCUCAGGCCAGGUUGUCCCCAUGGUGAUGUCAGGAGAGAACCUGAACUUGUUCUGUGAGUCUGAGAGCUUGUUUGAUAAGGACCAUCUAUCCAGGGAGGGGGAGGCCCAUGAACGCCAGCUCACUGGAGGGCAGAGCCACAAGGGUGCAGUCCAGGCCUUCUUCCCUCUGGGUCCUGUGACCCCAGCCCACAACGGGACCUAUAAGUGCUACGGCUCUUUCAAUCACUCUCCUUGUGAGUGGUCAGACCCAAGUGACCCACUGCACCUUUCCUUCACAGGACCCCUUGAUGGUCCUGGGCACUGA